AUGUUCAAGAUCCCAGAUCACCAAGUUGCAGGACACGUGGCGGGAGCUGGGAAACUCGGUCCUCUUGUGGAUGAUUCAGGUCGUUUCUACAAGCCACUCCAAGAUGGAAAACGUGGAACAGAAGAAGUAUCUUUCUAUGAAUCCUUCUCUUCCAACACUCAAAUCCCAGAAAAAAUCCGUAAGUUCUUCCCUAUCUUUUAUGGCACCAAGAUCAUGAAAGCAUCAACUGGAAUCGAACACCCUCACAUAAUCUUACAAGAUCUUGUUUCAUCUCGCUUGUCACCCUCUUUAAUGGACAUCAAAAUCGGGGCCAGAACGUGGGCCCCAGAAGCUUCUGAAGAAUACAUUACAAAAUGCUUGAAAAAAGACAGAGAAAGCACAAGUGUUUCACUUGGAUACAGACUUUCAGGGCUUCGAGUCUUUAUAGGUGAUGAAUUAGGGUUUUAUAAACCUGAGAGAGAUGUGAUGCGUAAAGCUGGACCAGAUGAUGUUAGACUGUUUCUUAUGAAAUUUGUUUCAUCUAACCUGGAAUCGGGAUCGGAAUCGGAAUCGGAAUCAAAACCGGAUUGUUCUUUGGUAGCUUCUGUUUAUGGUGGAGAUAAUGGGAUUUUGUCACAGUUGUUGGAACUGAAGGCAUGGUUUGAGGAUCAAACUAUGUAUCAUUUCUAUGCUUGUUCGUUACUUUUCAUGUUCGAAAAGGGGUUGACAUCAAACCCAGAAGUCAAACUUAUCGAUUUUGCACAUGUUGAAGAAGGAAAAGGGGUUAUAGAUCAUAACUUCUUGGGUGGACUUUGUUCUUUGAUAAAGUUCAUAUCUAAGAUACUUUCAGACACAAAUGAUCUCAAGAAUGGUCUGAUUGAGCCUUAG